CGUGCAUUAGACAGUAUCCACGUGGCGAUAAGAUAAAGAGCUCCUUCCGUCAUCCCACGACUCUGCAGCCUACAGAGCUCGGCAGCUUAACACGAACAAACAACAGUGUCGAAGGACAAAUCAUCGCCGAUUAAAGAUGCCCCGGGACUGGACAUCGUCUGCUCAUCACUACAGAAGCUCAAGAAUACAUACAUUCUACCAAGAUGUCUGGAACCGAUAGGGUUCCGUCUCCCCCGGAGGCUGCGACGGCGUCUUCUGGACAAGGCCUGGAUCUGGAGUUUUCUCAUAAUCAAACUCCAGACGAAGAGAACGAAGCUAUCGAGAACCCGAUGCCUCCUUUCGGACCAUUAUUCACUCUCCUGACCAACUCAACUACAAAUACUACUGUGCACCCUCGCGUCCACUACGUCUUCUCCGAUGACGACCCUUCGAUCCUCGCAGCCGGUGCUCAAGACCCGUCGCACCGACCCCUUGUCGUAGAUCUCGCGCCAGCUCCCGAAGGCGAGUCGAACCGAUGGGCUGUAUCCUGGGCCGCCAGUCUAACGCCCGAUUUCGCCGUGACAAACUCAAGCGUAGCUGUCCAACAGAGCGAGGGUGAAGAGAACGGAGGUGCUGGCGCUUUAAUGCUCCGUGUUGAAGGCGUCGAGCGUGAGCCCGUUGAAAUGCGACCCGAGUCCCUACCUAGCUCUGGCAGUGGUGCCAUAGGAGGUGAGGAUGUCGAUGUCUUGGCCGAAGAGUUCCGCAGACGGAUGGGAGUGCUAAAGAAGGUGGUUGAUGAGGCUGAAAAGAGGCGUGUGGUAAUAGGACAGGAUGAAGAUGUUCACGAUGCAGAAGAAGACGACGGUGCACCUGAUGAAGCGGUGGUAGACUACAAUGAGGACGAGGGGAAGGGGAAGGCAAAAGCAGGGAACGAUUGAUAGGAACUCACUCGAGAAGUUCCGUUUGCUUUGAUGAGUUUGAGAUUCUGUAUCGGCAAAGAUGGAAAUGUGCCAACAAUUGUGAUUCUCCGAGACUGAAACUUUUGAAACUUCGAUAAUAUACAUAGAUGCCCUGGUAAGAAUAUGGGUCAUCACAGUUUCAGGUGGACCAGACACCUUUGAAUAUGAAUGAAUACAGCUUGGCGUAUAGGUUUUGUCUGAUACGUAUGGGUAUCGAGCUUGUCAGAUUGUUAACUAGCGAUUUGAAUAUUUGAUCUGAGUCAAAAUAUCACGAUGUACCAACACAAGUGAGGAAGCGAAAUGUAAUUAAAAGUUCAUACUAUAAACGCCUCGAACUAAUGCAAAGAGAAAAGGAAAUCAAACGCCAGAAGAGUGGCAGAGUCAAACCCGGUUGUAUCAACAAAGAGAAGAAAGACGGGCUAUCGGGCUAUAGCAACAGUUAUGAUCCAAAUCCAAUGGGAAUACGCAAAACACAAAUACAGCUCUAACACUGCUUUUACCUCCACAUGAUCCCGGCCCACUUCCCUGGAGCGCGUAUAUAUUCCUCAAUGAGUACAAGUAUCGCCUUGUCGUCAUUCGAAGACAAUCGCCUCCGAGCCAUUCUCUCAUCGUUCGACUCCUACCUAGUUCCGCAAUAGCUGAGGUAGAUGGAACCGCCCUCCGCCAACACUGUUGAGCAGAGAGGAUGCUGUGUUGUCGGCAGCAACACGACGGGCUAAGCGAGCAGGUAGGACAGCUGUGUGCAUAACGGGCAAGCUGCCAAUGGCUGCCUCGAUACUUCGCUUCUUGUUGUUGUUGUUCUGUCCCUUGAUGACGAAUAUGUAGAUGAGAACAAUAAUGACAAUAACAACAAUGAUAGCAAC